AUGAAGCCAAUAAUUCUAAGAGGACAUCACAGGCCGCUUACUUGUGUAAAGACAAAUAAACACGGAGAUUUACUCUUCACCUGCGGAAAGGACGCAAUCUUGGCACUAUGGAGAACAGAUAACGGACAGCAAAUAGGACGGUACAACUGCGGAAGAGGAGCAGUUUGGGGGUGUGACAUAACACUGAACUCGAAGUAUCUGCUGGCAGCGUCAGGAGACUCGAAAGUGUUGCUGUUCGACGCACUCAAGGGAACGACCCUCCUGGAAAUACAAGAGGAGGGGCCCUGCAAAUACGUUGAGUGGAAUAAGAAUCCCAGCGCACAGAACAAGUUCGUAGUAGUGCACGACGAUUUCUCGGAUUCCGUGAAAAUGGCACUGAAGCUGUACGAAGUGACGCCGACCACGGCGCCAGACGGCUCAAUGGAACUGGGCUCCAGAGUAAUCUGGAUUCAGAGAGGAUAUCGUAACAGGUGUCAGCAGUGCCACUGGGGUCCACUGGACAAGACAGUGGUGACGGCACACGAGGACGGACAGAUCAACGUGUGGAGUUCAUAUGACGGCAUGCAUUUGAGGACUCUGGAUGCCCACAAAGGCACAGUAACAUCGCUGGCAUUCGACCUGUACAGCCUGUUGAUGUUAUCAUGUUCGUCCGACGGCACAGCGAAGCUAUGGGAGACGGCAAUGUGGACGAACAUAAAGAGUUAUAAGACUGAUAGACCACUUAACGCCUGCGACAUUUCGCCUCUGUUCAACGUGGAGGACGGAACGAAGGCGCACAUACUGCUGGGAGGAGGCCAGGAGGCAGACCAAGUCACAACGACGGCAGCCUCAGAAGGAAAGUUCCAGGCGCUGAUAUACAACUUGAUCCACGAGGAGGAGGUGGGCAGCAUCAAGGGGCACUUCGGACCAAUCAACACACUGACAUUCCUGGCAGACGGCACGGGCUACGUCAGCGGCGGAGAGGACGGCUUUGUGAGAAUAUACCACUUCGACCGCGAAUACGCACUGGACAAAUACGACUAA